GUGUAAUACAUUUUCUUUCUUUUCCCUUCCUUACGUGCCUUACAACGUUUACGGGUUAUUGAUUUUUGAAAAGCUCAAGGACAUAAUUGGCUUUAUAUGUUUGAUUUUUUUUAUAUUUAGAAUACACAAAUGCGAGGUUCCCGUCGCCUAUUGGCUAAAUAUCGUACUUAGAGCUCCGGAAGGAAGUAAAACUCAAAGGUUAAAAUGGGGAGCAAGAUGGCAGCUGCCACUAGGGUCGUGCAGGUGGUGAAACCUCAUGCUCCUUUAAUAAAAUUUCCAGAAAGAUUGAAAACACCCAAAUUUAAUGUGCAGGAAGCAGUUAAAACAAUAUUAAGUGCCUCUCCAGUAGCAUCAACGAACACUCAUUUAGCCCAGCAACCGGUAGUAUCCUCAGCACGACCUCCUGGUCUGCCAAGCACAGCAACAGUCAGUGCAGUCUCUGGUCCACCUGACACUGCAGAUGCAGUUAAAGGCCUGCCACUGAAAUACAGAAGAAAAGCGCUGUCAGUGGAAGAAAUAGAAUAUAUUCAGCGUGGUGGACCAGAAUAAGUAAAAUUCUCUUAUCUGAAGCUGUCAAAAAGACUGUGUUGUUGGAACACAACAUCUGGAUUUUGCAGGGUGAAAAAAAUGUGUUGUAUUGUGUUUAGUUUCAAACUAUAACUGAUUCAAAAACACACACGCUAUUUCUUAUAUUACUUUAUACAAGAGAAUAAAGAAUUUUUCACUAAUGGUGAAUAUAUGAAACAUACUGCUCCCAAAGAAGUUAGCACUUUAUUCCAUAUUUCAGCUGGACACAUUUGUAUAGAAUAUCAUAGUUUAUUCAGGCACCAUGUGUAAAUCCAUUGAUUUUAGCCCUUACUUUUAAACUUCUAGUCAGUUUUUGUGUUAUUUGUCUUAACUGUACUCUCCUAGAUUCUUAUUUAAUGAUAAUUUAGCAGGUUACCAAGUCAGCAUUGUGCUUUUGAAGUGCACGUGUUGGCACCAAAAUAAAUGUAACUGAUAAAAGCUGAA